AAGAAUUGUAACCCGGUAGAAGUAAGCGCUGUCUGUAGUGUGAAGUCAGAUAUUUCUCAGAUCGACUUUAACUACAGCUCUGCCCCUUUCCUCAACCAACAUCGAAUCCAACCUCUCAAUUACCCAACACCCAACCCAACCCACACCUUCAACACCACCGCCCCUCAACCAACUAACAACUUCAACACCACACCAUCACAAUGCUCCCUCACCUCCCCUCCCUCACCAUCCUCCUCCCCCUCCUCCUCUCCACCCUCCCCAGCACCCUCGCCACCCCCCACCAAAACCAAAACAGCCACCAACACAUCCCUCGCCAACCAACCCCCAACCCGCUCGACUACCUCGACCCGACCCUAAGCAACCUCUACCGCACCCCGGACCUCGUCCCCGCCUCGGAACCAUGCGGCGCCGCCGUCCUCGACGGGACGCUCUCCUUCCCGCACGCGCGCUUCACCGACGCCCUGGCGGGCGCGCUCAACUGCACCCAUAAGCUGGUGUUUCGGGAUAUACCGGUGGGGAUGGUGGUUACGAUCAUUGCGGUGGGCUUGCAGGGGAAGGCGAGGGUUGGGGAGGGGGCGUGGUUGGAGAGGGCGGAGGUGGGGGUGGGGUAUUUUCCGGGCGCUGAAUCGACCUCGACCGAGGUGCAGACGGAUCGAGCGGUUGAGGACCUGAGGAGCACGUAUUCUGGCCCGUACGAGGACACAUUCCACCUAAUAAUGAACGUCUUUCCGGCGGAGGAUGACCCGCGGACGACGAGAGCGAGCACGAGCUGUGCCACGGCCGAGGACCAGCCCGAGAUGGAAGUCAGCUUCUCGCUUUCGUCGUCGCAUGGUGAGGUCGAUUCUGAUGACGAGGCCAUGUAUCGGUCUACCGUCUCGGAUGUGCGCUUUGGGUUUCAUGUCAUAUGGGGUGUGUGUGAUGAGUAGACUUCUGGGGCACUCUGACUGAAACCGCCUGGUGCGUGUGCGAGAAUAUAUCACCAUAUCAGGAAAACGCAAUGGAUGCCAUGAGCUACGGAGCAUGUAACCAACAACUAUCAAUAGG